AUGUCCAGACCGCCCUCGCAUGCCGCCUCGGCCUCUGCAGCAGAUGGGACGACGGUUUCGCCUUCCAGUCCAUCUCAGCAGCCCGCCAGCGAUGCGGUACCGCCAGCCACUCGUCAUUCGACUCGACCGACAUGGAUCCCUCUCGGCCCAACUCAGUCAUUUGUGAGCAUCUUCACGGGCCGACCUGACCAUCCUCCGGCGCGCAGCCCGUCCACCAAAUCUACACGAUCCGACGAGGGCAUGACUCUGAGCCCUACUUCCAUCAAUCGCGUCUUCCCUAUUCGCUCUGCAGUAUCCAUUGAUCCAGCUGCCACUCCAUUGGUUCAGAACGAGCCUUCCUCUGGCUUCCCCAGCUUCAACGUCGCAUCUCAGAGGCGCUCUAGUAGGGCCAGCGCACCUGCUGUCUCCCCGGCGUUUGUCAUCCAGCCUCACGGUCAGGGGGUUUCCGAUGCUGACGCAGAGUCUGGAACAUCUCAAGGGUUCCGCUCGCGAUCAGACCCCCCGUGGACUGAUCCAAAUUCCCAGCACACAGCAGGCCGUCUGAACACCCUAGUCGCAUCCACGAAAGAUGACACCUCGCAAAGAUCUGACAAUGCCUCAACCGCUUCGGGCGCGGCUUCGAUUCGGUCUGGACCUGAUGCUGCACUGAUUACAGCCCGCUUCACCCACGUAGUGACUGACGGAGGCCACGCUAUCAUCACUGGGAGAGAUGGAGAGACACUUCAACGCUGCGAAGAUGAACCUAUACAUAUCCCCGGAGCCAUUCAGAGCUUUGGCCUGCUUGUGGUCCUUAAGGAGGCUGCCGAUAAGCUGGUCGUUCGGGUUGUUAGUGAGAAUUCACGUCGCAUCGUUGGCUAUACCCCCCAACAACUCUUUGCACUCAGCAGUUUCUUGGACAUUUUCACCGAAGAGCAGGCCGACAAUCUCAUGGAUCACCUCGAUUUCAUUCGGGAUGAAGAUGCUGCCGAUUUGCAAUCAAAUGGUCCUGAGGUCUUCAUGAUUUCUAUUCGCCCGCCGGGCCACCGGACCCGUAAACUUUGGUGCGCCAUGCAUCUCUCAGAAACCGAUCGCAGCCAGGUGAUCUGUGAGUUCGAGAUCGAAGACGAUCGUACGAAUCCUUUGGUCCCGCCCGGGGACAGCCAGACUCCAGAUAUUCCCGAGGAUACUCUGGGUAGUGCACCCACUCCGGAAGAAUUCAAUGAUAGCACCAUCAAUGCCAGCAAACCUUUACGCGUGUUACGGACUGCCCGUAGGAAGAGAACCGAAGCUGCAGCGAUGGAUGUUUUCAACAUUUUGUCCCAGGUUCAAGAGCAGCUUGCUAAUGCACCGACGCUUCCGAUUUUCCUAAAAGUCCUCAUCGGCAUUAUGAAGGAGCUGACCGGUUUCCAUCGCGUCAUGAUAUAUCAAUUCGACCAAGCCUGGAACGGCCGAGUUGUUGCCGAGCUCGUGGAUCCACGAGCAACCAAAGAUUUAUACAAAGGCCUUAAUUUUCCGGCCUCGGAUAUUCCUAAGCAAGCAAGGGAUCUGUACAGGAUCAAUAGAGUGCGCCUUCUUUACGAUCGCGAUCAGGAGACUGCCCGCUUGGUCUGUCGUACUAUUGAUGACCUCGAAAAUCCCGUGGAUCUGACUCACGCGCAUUUGCGCGCCAUGUCCCCCAUUCAUCUGAAAUAUCUCGCUAAUAUGGCGGUCCGCUCUUCCAUGUCCAUAUCAAUCAACGCCUUUAAUGAACUAUGGGGCUUGAUUGCCUGCCAUGCUUAUGGGCCGAAAGGAAUGCGAGUCUCAUUCCCCAUUCGCAAGAUGUGUCGUUUAGUAGGCGAGACUGCUUCCCGCAAUAUCGAGCGGCUCUCCUAUUCAUCUCGCCUGCAGGCGCGCAAACUUAUCAAUACCACAUCAUCAAAUACCAAUCCUUCAGGCUAUAUUGUCGCCUCUUCGGAAGACUUGCUGAAGCUAUUUAACGCUGAUAUAGGCGCGCUGUCUAUCCGGGACGAGACAAAAAUACUGGGACACUCAAGAGGCAACCUGCAAGAAGUUCUUGCUAUGGUUGAAUACUUCCGCAUGCGAGGCUUAUCCUCUGUCUUCUCCUCCCAGGACAUCACGCUUGAUCUUCCCGACCUUCGAUACGACCCCGGGAUGAAAUCGCUCGCUGGUGUACUGUUUGUACCUCUAUCUAGUGGAGGCAAGGACUUCAUUCUCUUCUUCCGGGCCGGUGUUUUGCAGGAAGUCAAAUGGGCUGGGAACCCCUAUGAAAAAUUCGUAAAAGAAGGGACCGAAGGAUAUCUAGAGCCACGAAAAAGCUUCAAAUCUUGGAGUGAAAUGAUCGUCGGUCGAUGCCGUGAUUGGACUGACGAUGAGAUGGAAACUGCAGCUGUCUUGUGUCUGGUUUACGGCAAAUUCAUCGACGUUUGGCGUCAGAAAGAGGCCGCCCUGCAGACCAGUCAACUCACACGCCUUUUACUCGCCAAUUCUGCCCACGAGGUGCGAACCCCUUUGAAUGCUAUCAUAAAUUAUUUGGAAAUCGCAAUGGAGGGACCCCUGGACCAAGAGACACGCGAGAAUCUUACCAAAUCCCAUUCAGCUUCUAAAUCACUAGUCUAUGUGAUAAACGACCUGCUCGACCUAACGAAGGCCGAGGGCGGGCAGAGUUUGGUCAAAGAUGAGCCAUUCGACCUCAUUCAGGCUUUGAGGGAAGCCACCGAUCCGUUCAGUGGCGAUUCAAAGCGAAAAAGUCUGCAGUAUGACGUAUCUAUCUCCGACAACCUGCCAAAUAGAGUGAUUGGUGAUCACCGUCGAGUUAGGCAAGUAGUGUCUAACCUUAUUGCCAACGCAUUCCAACAUACAUCAGAGGGAAGAGUUUCGGUGAAGGCAACCGUCUCGCCCACGCCGCAGGAGCCCGGCCAAGCAGAGAUUGAAAUCAUUGUCGAGGACACCGGAAAUGGCAUGUCCUCCAGUAAAGUGGAUGCCCUGUUCAGAGAGCUCGAGGAAGUGACGUACGAAGAAGACCUCUCAGAUCAACAAAUGAUUCGCCGUGAGCCCUUCUCAGAAGCAGGAGGCGUAGAGCAGAACCUGGGCUUGGGUUUAGCCAUUGUUGCACGCACAAUCCGUCAUAUGGAUGGUCAGCUCAGGCUCAGGACCGAAGAAGGCAAGGGAUCAUGUUUCACAAUCGUCUUGAUUUUUGACACAAACGUUCCGACAACCCCUCUACCGGAAGAUCCACGCCCUUCGUCGCGACCGCGUUCGUCGAGGCCACGUUCGAGAUCCAGAACCCCUAAGCAAGUUGAAAACGAGAUCACUUUGGUCUACAGGGCUCCGCAAGGCUCCGAAAUUCCUCCUCCCCCUAUGGCCAGGACACGCAGUGGAGAAAGCGUGAACAGCUUGCAGAGUCUUAAGAGUGGCAAAAGCGCUGCAAGUCUUCGUAGCGACAUCAGUCAAAAAAGCGAUACAGAAAGACUCAUUGAAGCAAUUCAGGAACCUCUACGACUUUUCAGUGAGCCGUCUCCCAAAACUGAGUCUCAUGCGUCUCCCAAACGUACAUCCUUGGAGUAUGCUGCAACUCCAUCAACACCCUCACGGAAAUCAUCCUCAGCCAAGGCGAUGAGUCUUCCAUCACCUCGCGAGCUCAGAUCGUCUAUGCAUAAUUUUCCCGGCACAAAAAAAGUCACUGACUCAGGCAUGCCACUGAGGCCAGUUCGUCUUGCUGAUGAGGAUGGAGAUUCGGAACGCACAUUGGACUCCAAAGCAGGAUCUAAGGUGCCGUUCUCCGAGGAGCCAGAUACAAUAGGUGCACGCUCCGACACCACUGACGGAGAGUCUGUCUUCUCCCCGGAGCGCUUUUCUGUUUUAGUUGCAGAAGACGAUCCCAUCAACAGUCGAAUUAUGAAAAAGCGCCUGGAGAAACUUGGUCACUCCGCCUACAUGACGGUGAACGGGGAAGAGUGCUCUUCUGCACAUGGCGAGCAACCCACCAAUUUUGACGCUAUUCUGAUGGAUCUGCAAAUGCCUAUUGUGGAUGGUUUCACAUCUACGAAAAUGAUACGAUCCUUUGAAAAAACACAUUCAAAGUCCUGCCUUUCGGAGCGCGCGCAGCUCAAUGGGCGCAUCCCCAUUUUUGCCGUUUCUGCUUCACUUGAUGAAGCAGAACGCGAGAAAUAUAUCCAAAGUGGUUUUGAUGGCUGGAUCUUGAAACCAGUUGAUUUCAAGAGGAUCGGUCUCAUGCUUGACAGUAUUGUCGAUGAAGACUCGCGAAAUUCCUGUCUUUACGAGCCAGGCCAUUGGGAAAGUGGGGGUUGGUUCUCAUCGAAAUCAGAACAAAGCGACCUCUAUGAUGUAGACACUACUCCUAGCCAGGAAAAACCAGGCCUCGAGCUCGACAAACAUCAUCAGGAAUAG